GAUUAUUGAAUUGUUGUGAAUCGGUCUGAUUUGUAUCUAAACAUUCAAUACGAUUGCUUGGACAUUUGGAAGCUUUUUUAAGACCUUGAAAGCUAAUGUAUUUUCUAUCUGCAUGGCCUUCCAAUUUUAGUGUAUUCUCUUGUUCGCUAUCCAUAUUCUUUGAUUUAUAUUCCGUCAAGUACACAGUGUCGAUGUAGUUGUCAAAUCGUUCAUAACCUCAAAGUAGACAGCGUUCUGCCAUGGAGACCGUAUAUUAUGGAACGUUCACGGUAGUUGCACGGAUACGUAUACCGAUACUGCGCAUUAUUAUUCUUCCGUAUUAAUUAUUUUUGAAAAAAUCAAACGAUCGAGUUUAAUUGAAUUUAAUCGAAUUUAAUCGAAUUUAAUCGAAUUUAAUCGAAUUUAAUCGAAUUGUAAUCGAAUUGUAAUCGAGAAACACUUUCAUAAGCUCUACGAUUUUGCUAUUAUUUCUGGUGGAUUGUCGAUAAUAUAGAGCAUGACGUGUAAAUGCCAGAGACCCCAACGUUUAUUGGACAACUUGAAACGUAUUCGCGUGAAAUGUAUGUAACUGAGGACGUGUACUGCAUACGUUAAAUAGUUGUACAUAUGUAUAAUGUUGGUGAAGAGCGUUCGAUGACAUAAAGCAAGAAAUUAAUCACGGCGAUGUUAAACAGAUUAGUUAAGACGAUUGAUGUAAAAUGGCGAAAAUCGUAGUGACAUCCGAAUCGGUGUCUACGAUUUUAGUGUGUGAAUAUUGUACUAACCUCACGUUUAAACACAUUCAAGAUUUUAUUAGACACUUGAGAGAUCGACAUUGUUCAAGAGAAGGUGGAUCAUAUGUGUGCUUGUAUGGUUAUAAUGGAGUAUGUACUAGUCUUCCAGUGGAAGGUGUUUCGGAUAAAGAUUAUGUAGCCCAUGCAACAAAGCAUGCAACGAUGCAGCACCAACGUAAAAAUAAUGGUCAGUUGCUAGAGCCUGGCUCAACUUGGACUGUUUAUUCGGCUAUACAAAAUCUACCUGCAGUGUUGAAUGAUCCAUUUAAAGGAAAACAAAGUAAUUUCUUUACUCGUACAUGGGGCGAUGGGUUUGUAGAAAAAAUGGACGUUCCAAGAAGUCCUUAUCUUCCUGAAGUUACUAUGCAUCACUUUGAAGUAUAUCUGAAAAAAAUUGCACGCAGACACCGUAAACAUUCACGGAUGAGUUCUAGUGCAACCAGACCAACUACUCCGAAUGAAUUACUACAGACUUUUCCAAAUUUAAAAAGAGUAAAAUCGCUAGAUCGAAGUCAAUUUGAUUUGUUAAAUAUUCCAAAAAUAUUUUUAACACCAAAUUUAAAUCUUUCGCAAAGAGAAAACUUUGAAGCUGUAUUUCCGUUUACAAAAGAUGGCCUAUUAGAUAAGGAAUACAACGUGGUGACGCAUGUUGAACAGAUGGAAAAGAAGUUGAGUCACUAUUUAGAUAUUGUAGAAGUUAGAAUAGCAGAACAGGUAGCCUCUAAAUCUCAAGCAUUCUUCAAUGCAAUGACCUCUCAUGAUGCUUUAAUGGAGCAGUUAUCUCAAACUAUUACCGUUUUAAAAGCGCUAAGAGAAAAUAUCCACCAGGUUGACAAAUAUCUAGUCAAGGAUUCUUUAAAAGUUUUACAAUUGGAAAGAGCUCGGACGAAUCGAUUUUUAGUACAUGAAAAAUUGAAACUGAUGGCAACUGUACAUCAAAGUCAACCAAUGAUACAAUUAUUACUUUCUACACCAGACUAUGUCGCAGCAUUGGAUCUUAUAUCUACGACACAAGAGAUUCUAUUACAAGAAUUAAAUGGAGUGCAUAGCUUUCGGCAUUUGAGUUCUCAAUUAACGGAAAUGGAAAAACUUGUCGAUAAAAUGCUUACAACGGAAUUUCAAAAGUAUGCUACCGCAGAUUUGAAUAGACCAUUAGGUGAAGAAGAUGUUGCGUUGGAUGGAGAUAAACUUGUUUCCAUCAUUUCUGGACUACUACGUCAAAAACACUUUCACUUUGUGGAUACUUACAAAGAGGAGGCUGUGACUACUGUUAGAGCUAUAACAAAGCAAAGAGUUAUAGAAGCUCUUGCAGCAAGUGAUUGCUGUAGUGAUCAACAAGCAGCAGCCCUUGAAGUGGGCAGUCUUUCCCAUGCAGAAAGGUUGACCUUGCUUCACAAUACAAUAUAUUCUCUUACAAAACUGCUAGUGCGCGUCAAGGCUGUUCAUGAUGUAAUGCGUGACACUGCAAACUUAUCUGCUGGACAUACGGUCGAUGGUUCAUAUGAUGAAUCUAUGCCUGAUCGUUUGUUGACGCAAGAUGAACAUGUUCGUGUAACUACCAAACUCACUGAUAUGCUUAUAUCUGUCUGUGAUUACUGCCAUGAGCGUCUGGGUAAUCUGCUUUCCGCAGGUACAAAUGAAAAAGAUAAGUUGCAAAAUGAGAAAGAUAAUAUAUCUGAAAGUUCAUUAAAUAAGAUUGAAGAUAAGGAAAAUCAUAGUCCAAUUGAAAAAGCAUCUUGGUUAAGUGAUAGAGCGACGACAACUCAAGUUUGUCAAUUAGCAAAUAUAGUAGAAGAAUUUACAGAAGAAUGUGAAAAACUUUGUGGUAAACAGUGUACUGCAUUGCGAUCUGCAUUCAAGGCACAAGCGAGCAAGUUUGUACAAAAAUUCCAUACAGAACGUAAGACAAGACUUACUCUCUUAUUAGAAUCUGAAAGAUGGAAACAAGCUGAUGUUCCAUCAGAAUUUCAAUCGUUGGUAACGUACAUUUAUCAAGAAAAUCAAUUUCCUCGUGGCCCAUUGAAACGCGACGAUGAGGUAAAAAAUGAUAGUACAGAAUCAUUUAUUAUGGUAGGAGAAGAAAGAUUUGCAGUUGUUCCUACUGCUUUAAUGCUUAUACAAAUGAUACACGAAUAUUGCAGAACCAGCAGUGAGUUAGUAGCAUUAUCAGGAACUAUUGGACGUCAAUUGGCAGAAUUAUUACGGCAUUAUAAUUCUCGGUGUUGUCAACUUGUUUUGGGUGCUGGGGCUAUGCAAGUUGCUGGCUUAAAGACCAUAACAAGUACAAUUCUUGUAUUAGCGGCACGUAGUCUGAAACUUAUUUUGUGGUUCAUGCCAUAUAUUAAAAAACAUUUUCAAGAACUUGCUGAACAAAAUCCUAGUCGCGGAGUUGUAGGUAUGCCAAGCGUAAGUGGUGGAGUGGCAUUAUUAGAUAGCGUAGAAAGAGAUAUAAGGGCUCAUAUAAGAGAGAUUGAAGGAAAAAUUUUAACUAUUGUUGACAAUUUACUAGGAGGUCAAAUAUCAAAAUGGAAUGCAAGGCCGCCUGUACCGUCGAAAUCAUUUAGAAAUAUUUCUAGUUAUCUCAUAAAGCUUCACGAGGCUGUCUCUGGGAUUUUACCAUCGACUGAAGUCGAAUCACUUUAUCGUACGGUAAAUACUUCAUUUAAAGAAAAACUUAGGGAGCAAUUAGUAAAAAUGAAUAUAGUGAAUAAUGGUGGUCCACAACAUGGGGUGGUUACUUUAGAACUGACGUUUUAUCUCGAAGCAUUAAGAAAAUUGAAAGUUUUACCAAACGAAGAAUUAAAUGAUGAUUGGAUGAGUGACAUAUGGACUAGAUAACAUGCAGAGCGUGUAAUAUAUUGCAUAAUAGAAGCAUUGAAAUACUAUAGAAAAAGGUGACUAAUCUCUACUAUUGUCUUCCUCCAUAUAAAUUACAGAAUUAAUAUGUCUGAAAAGUAUCAAUUAUAUGGAGGUGAUAAUGAAAUAUUGCUUGCACUGAACUUUUUCACUUUUGCACUUAACUAUCCUAUACUAAAAAGAACUACGUUCAGUGUAUUUUUCAAGGGUUGUAGAAGACGAAUUAUUGUUCUCUUUAAUUUAUGCUCAUAACGAUAAUAAGCAGCAAUUUUAUGAAAGAAUGAAAUAUAAUGAACCUGUCUUAAAGACAUGACUAAAUAAAAACAAUACAAAUAAUCAUAGUUUUUAAAAAUGAUGUUCACGACAUUUGCUGUUUAUAUUCUCGUAUUAAAGAAGUAGUUUUAAUGGUAGAUUUGAUUAUACAUAUUUUAUGUCUGUUAAGAGCAUUUCUACCUACCAUAGUGUUCAAAGCAUUGUGUCAUAGGACAAAUAUAAAACAAAAUAUUGUGUAGAUCGGAAGAUAUAAAUAGUAACAAGUAUCGUUAAAUAUCCGCCUAUAAGCAUUCUCAUUUUUUCCAUCGAAUAAAAUAAAUUAUUGCCCUGAUUUAGGACCGACCGAAUGUACAAUUUUUUUAAUCGAAUAAUAUUUAUAUAUAUAUAUAUGUAUAUAUAUAUAUAUAUAUAUAUAUACAUACAUAUAAAGUUACAAUCGACGUGUUGAUAUUGUCGGUAUGAUCAUUUCUAAGUCGUGGUCUUUUUUUUCUUCUUCUUUCUUUUUUUUUAUAUAUAUAUAAAAAUGCUGACAUAAGUGUCUUGCCUGUUUUACGUUUUUUAAUAUUUGUGUGCAAUAUUAAAUAUAAAAAAGAAGAAAAGAGAAAAAAAAAAAAAAAAAAAAAAAAAAAAAAAAGUGAAAAAAAAAAAAAAAAAAGAAAAAAAGUAUUUAGAGUAAACAUUUAACAUUAUUAUAAGAAUCUUUAGAUAAAUUGCGUAUAAUUUUUUCGUAAUAUUUUUUGGCUAAUAAUUCUCGAGUUUAAUGUCUCAAGUUCGAUUUCAAUUAAAAAUAGCAUCUUCUAUUUUCUGUUUAAUUCAAUUAUUUCUGCAUUAUGUUCAUUACCAUGACAUAAUGUAAUAAUUUAGUUUGUGAUAAUUGAUACGUAAGAUUAAUUAUGCUGUAGAUGGACCAAUGGCUAGGCACUAAAUUGUAAAUUAUAUGCAUAUUGUCAAUGUACUUAAUAACAGGACAAGAUAAAGUACGUUGUUUUCGAACAAACAUUUCCUAAAAGUAUCUACGAAAAAUAUUAACGAAUUUAGAAAUUUGUAUCAUGAUGCUUCUGAGAUGUUUAUUUAUAAAUCUGUAUACAUAUAAAUAUAUAACGAAACCGAUCGUUUUUCGGUACUUGUUGCUAACCGUUCAAACUAUCAUACAUUACAUUAAAUUCUAAAGAAAGAUAAUAUUUACUACAUCCUUAAAACAUUAUAUUCGUAUAAUAUUUUUGCGAAUGCAAUUUUCGUUGUAACAAAUAUGGAUGAGAUCUUACUUAAGGAGAUUGUUCAAGAUAUUCGCUGAAUUAACUAACAAUAAGUUUUCUAUGGUUAUAGCAUUUUUUCAACAUGGAUUGUGAAUAGGGAAAUACACACAAUUGUCUCUAUUGUCCUUUUAAUUUCAUUUAUCAUGAUUGAUGUUAAGAUCGAUUGACUAUACGUGUUAUUUUUAUUACGCUCGUGCUCGAAAAUGUUUCAAAUAUUUACGAAGAUUUUUAAUUACUAUGUAAUAUGUGCGAAGACGUAUCUUUUAUUUAUAUAGAAAUACGUCGGCGGAGUCAAUCAUUCUAAUCGUAAUGCUUCUUCGAAUAGGUGCUGAUUGCCAAUUGCGAGUCACAUUCCAUUGUUUCCUUCGUAUGUGUAUAUACAAAAAAAUUAACGAAUCAAAAAAAAUAAAUGAAGCAAUUGAUUGGAUUUUAUUUUACGCAGAAAAAAAAAAAAUUUAUAAAUAUUGAAUCUUAUGUACAAAGUAUUACUUAGCUGCGAAGGAAAUUUUUUUUUUAAAUCAAUCGAUGUAUUCAAAGCUGGUGACUAUUUAAAAGUAUCCUUAUGGAUUUCCUCACCAAGACUGAUGAUCUGCAUUAGGCCGUAGCACGUACGAAUCGAUUGUUUAUCUAGGAAGGGUGAAAUAUUUACAUGUAAUAAAAUGUACCUUAUAACAUCUUAUAUAAUGUAUUGCGAAGGCUAUAUAAAAAACGAAUAGUAUAAAAUCUACUACAAUUUA